AGAGACGUAUACACUCUCUUAGCCACUAUAUCCUUUCAUCGUUAAUAUCAAACAAAAACGAUAAACCAAAGAAGAAGGAUAGUUAGCAGGAGGAAGAAUAUCGUUCUUUGGCGCAGAUGGGGAGAGGAAAAGUGGUGUUGGAGAGAAUAGAGAAUAAAAUCAAUCGGCAAGUAACUUUCUCAAAGAGAAGGAAUGGUUUGCUGAAGAAAGCCUAUGAGCUCUCGGUGCUAUGCGAUGCUGAGGUUGCUCUCAUCAUCUUCUCUAGCCGGGGCAAGGUCUCUGAAUUUGGCAGCAAUACUGUGACUCAAACCCUGGAAAAAUACUGGCAGCAUCGAUACAACUCUCAAGUCAAAAUUCCCGAGGAUGAAACGCAGACUUUGUACCAAGAGAUAUUGAGGUUGAAGGCAGAAUAUGAAUCUCUUGAGCGUUCGCAAAGGCAAUUUUACAUUUGA